UAAAACAAAAUUAAGGGGGAAAAUUCUUUUUAAACACCAAAAACACUUGACCUGUCUGAUUUUGUCCACUAGAGUGCUCUCUACACUACAUUUUCCUGAUCUUAACGCUACAUGUAAAUAUCAUUAUUUGCAUCAAUUGAAUAACUCUCGCUCCUCCUUCAGACAGUCAGUCAUCGUUUGGACACAUGCAGCUUAGUUACGCUUUAUAAUAACUCACAAUUAUUUAUGACAGCCGUCUUUUCAAUCAGGAUUGCAUUGAUUUCUUCACGAUACUGCAUGAUGUGUGGAUAAACUCUUACCGAGACCUGGGAAUAAUUUAUUUGUAUUUUCUGAUUUUAUUUGAUGUUGUUGCGCGAUGAUAAAUGGCACGUUAUAAAGAUGGAGCAAUUACAUUAUGGGUAACUGAAAAACGUCCAUAAAUCUACAGAUCUUCCUCAGGAGUGCAAAUUCUUUGAUUGUUGGGAAACUAGCAUUUAAUAAGAAACCAUGCUGGCGAAUGGAGGAUUAUACGCUGUAAAGAAUAGGAAGAGGCCAGUUCACAAAAGCAGUGGAUUCAAAUCUGAACCUGAGAAUGGCAGCAGGUUGAACCCUUCAAAGCGUCACAGAGAGCGUCUGAACACUGAACUGGACCAGCUGACCACACUUCUGCCCUUCACAGAGGAGAUCCGAGCCCGGCUCGACAAGCUGUCAGUGCUCAGACUCAGUGUGGGUUACCUCAAGAUUAAAAACUACUUCACUGCGACACUGAGGAAGCGUUCAGGAAGUGAGUUUUCCUCUAAUGCUGGUGACAAUGAGACGGUGACUUCAAUCGAUGGAGUUCAUUUCUCUGAAGGGGAUCUGCUGCUUCACGCUUUAAACGGUUUCGUCAUGGUCGUGUCCUCCGAUGGCUUCAUCUUCUACGCCUCUCCCACGAUCCAAGACUACCUGGGUUUUCAUCAGUCUGAUGUGAUUCAUCAGUCCGUGUUUGAUCUGAUCCACAUCGAUGAUCGCGACACGUUCAGAUGCCAGCUGCACUUCGCCCUCGAUCCCAAGUUUAGCACUGAAGCAGAGCAAAGAGGCGGUCGAUCUGUGAGCGCUCCGGAGAGCUUCAUUCCUCCAGAAAAUUCCUCAUUUCUGGAGAGAAACUUCUGCUGUCGUCUGCGCUGUCUGCUGGAUAACACAUCCGGCUUCAUGGUGCUUAACUUUCAGGGACGGUUAAAAUACAUUCACAGACGAGACCGGACGGCCGAGGGCGACGCUUCGGGGGUCUCUCAGCUCGCCCUGUUUGCAAUCGCCACCCCUGUUCACCCACCUGCCAUCUUACAAAUCAGACCCAAGACUCUGUUCUUUCAAACCAAACACAGGCUGGAUUUUACUCCUGUGAGCAUGGACACCAGAGGAAAGAUGGUCUUGGGUUACACUGAACAAGAGUUGUGCAUGAGAGGAUCUGGAUAUCAGUUCAUUCACGCUGCUGAUAUGAUGUACUGUGCAGACAAACAUUUACGGAUGAUGAAAACAGGAGAAAGUGGAUUCACCAUCUUUAGGCUUUUGAGUAAGAAACAGGUUUGGAUUUGGGUCCAGUCCAACGCCAGAAUGGUGUUCAAAGCAGGAAAACCCGAUUUCAUCAUCUGCCGUCAGAAGCCUUUAACAAAUGAAGAAGGUGAGAAGCAUCUUUGUCAAAGGCAGCUGCAACUACCGUUCAGCUUUGCGACCGGCGAGGCCGUCCUGUAUGAAACCUUCCCUUCCAUGAUGACGCCAGGACCUGAUCCAUCCCAAACCUCACUAAAGAGCGAUACCGUACAUCCAGAUUCCCUCCUGGGAUCGCUACUUAGUCAGGAUCAAUCCGUUUAUGAGCAGCCUGUGGAGCCGGCCUCACCGUUUUCUGUAGAUCGGAUUUUUAUGGACAGUCACGCCCUGCUUAGCGUUCCCUGGAGUAGGGACGUCCUGGCCGAUGGCAUCCGACAGGAUCUGACCACGACGCCACAGUCUCAGGGUAGCGGAGACCAGGAGGGGCUGAAGGAAAUGGAGCGAGCGCUUCUGGAGCUACUGGACGCGAGAGCAGAGGAACCGAUUCUGGCUAAUGAUGUUUUCUCGUAUGUAGAAGAGGCUCUGUUGAGAGAAUCAAACAGCAUGAACCAGAUCAAUUCUGGCGGUAACACCAUUGGACAGCAUGAGGACUACGCGUUGCCUAGCAACCAGAUGACAAGAUGCCAAAGCUCAUUCUCAGCUUCACGAAAGCUCACACAAACAUUUCUGUAUGGAUCUCCUGGUCAAACAUCUUUCCAGCAUUCAUUCAAUCACUCCUUUUGUUCUCUUCUAACAACUAAAGCACAAACUUUAUAUGGUCCAUCCCAUAAUAGUCCCUCUUCCUCUCAAUUCACUGACAUUGUGUUUUCAGGUCCAUCCCAGAACUGUCAACAUCAUCGUCCUCCCGAUGUCCCUGAACGUCCAAUCUUUAUAAACAGCCAAGAUCCGCAUCACCAAGGUGUCUUGCAGCCAUGGCAACAGCAGCAUCAUAUCCCAUUAACCCUGCCGUGCGGUCCGCAGAGAUCUGACUGUGUUCAGGAUGAUUGUAUUAAGGUCACACAGCACCCACAGGAUCAUCACACACAAUCUGAACCGCAUGGAUCGCAUAGAGUUUAAUUACGGUCGGAUUAGCGCGCUAUCCCAGAAUUCAUCAGUGAAUUGUGUCUCAGGUUGUCCUGUAUCAGGAUAUCAGAGGUGUAAUAUGUCAUCCGAUGAAUCGUUUUCUGGAUUUUACAUCCCUGCGUCUGUGAAUACGGACUGCACACUGCAAAAAAUGACUUUCUUACUUAGUAUCACUCCAAAAAAUGAUUUUCAAGGAAAAAAUUGUAGCAUUUUUGUCUUGUUUUCAGUAAAAAUAUUUAAAAAUUCUUAGUCUAGGUUUUAGACCACAAAUAACAAAUUUAAGUGAUUUUGUGCAUAAAACAAGCAAAAAAAUCUGCCAAUU